AUGCUGAGUGGUACAUGUGUGCGCUUGGCCAUCGUGGCCGCCGUCUUCCUCAUCGCGGCAAUCUUCCUUGUUCCCCAGCUCCCCCACGUCGGCUACAACGUACCAACCAGCCUCGGCCACAACACCCCUACGACCGACGGCAAAGAUGCGUCGACUGGGACCUCAAUCCCACACGAUCCUGUUCGCAAGCCUCCUGGCGCCGCUGAUGCGACUACGUCUCUUGCCGUUUCUGCUGCACCGCAUAGCGCGACGGAGGUGAAAGGGUCGGCCCCGAAACCGACCUCUGGUUCGGUCCCAGAAGUAAAGCCUGAUACGAAGACGGUCUCCAAGCUCGAACCUGGCCAAACCCUGUCGCCUUUCCGUCUCACGUCUCCCAACGGCCGCUACAAGCUUCACCUUCUCGACAGCGGUUCGCUUUCUCUCCUCGACACGAAUACCAAUGCCGAGCUAUUCACCUCCGACACCGAAUACCACUGGCCCGUUACAUGGCAAGUCGAGCUUACCCAGGAGGGUGUGCUGAUGCUCUCCUGGGCUAAUGAGACGGCCGCGCCGUAUGGCGCAACGCCAUGGGUAUCAAACCUCCUGCCCAACUGCGGCUCCGUCGAUGCCGGCGACGAGAAGCCUGUCCUCGAGCUCCUAGACUCUGGCAAACUACACAUCCGUGCCGGCAGCAAGACGACAUGCCUCCUACACCGUGCCGCCGAUGACAUGGGCCGACUCGCGAUCGUUUACACUGGAUUUCUGCGCACAUACCUGAAGACGUGCAAGGAGCAGAACAACAAGCUCGUCAAAACAUGGACUGGAAGCGGUGGUGUCGACGUCCACGUAUUCACCUACCUCGAAGACGUGAAUCAUGACUCCAGCGACCCAGUGGAUAAAGAAAGCAUAACGAAGCACCUGAAAUCCUGCUUCGGAGAAUCCCUCAAGACGGUCGAGGUCAGGAAGCUGGAUGAAGUCAAGGAGAGCGUCCUGAAACCUCCAGCGGUGCUGGUCGAGGAGUGCGGUGAGGAUAAGCUGAACCACCAGCUCAGCCAGUGGAAGGCGCUGUACCUCGCCAGCCAACAGAUCCAGAGCUACAUGAUCAAGGAAGGAAUCUCGUAUGACUAUAUAUACAAGGGCCGUCUCGAUCUUCUCUACUGGGGCGACUCACCUGCGCUGUCGUCGCUGAAGAUCCCCGAAAAUGGCAUCCUGGCGCCCCGCGUCACCCUAGAUUGGACCUGGUACGCGAUGCUUCACGACGGCGAGCUGCGCGCGGGUGUCACCGACAUCACGGCGUUCGGCCGCCCCAACGCGAUGUUCACCUACCUGGCUCUCUACCGCGAGUUCAUCUACAUGCGAACCUUGGAGAAAGAGACGGCGAAGUGGAAGGGCUUCAAUACCAAGACCAGGGAGAAGAAACCUGAAGGGCAGGAGGGUUGCACACCGGAAGGGAUACUUGCUUAUUGGCUCCGGAUAAAUGGUAUUGCGGUGAAGACAGACUGGCGGUUCAAGAUGGGUCUAUUGCGCGGCGAUGGAAAGGUUAUCUUCACCUGUCCUGAGGGCAGGGGCUGGCUUUGUCCCGGCUUUAUUCCACAGGUCCACGACGAUGGGACAUUGUUUUGA